CUUUUGUGUGUUUCAUCAUGCCACAGUGGCUGCACUUCAAUCGUGACUUAGCCAUCCGGGAUGAUGGCCCCACCCCUCGUCCAUGGUCUGACCGGCGUUGACCUUUUGCGAUGAGUCCCGAGCCCUUGGUUUCGCUUGACCCAGUGACUACAAGUCUGGUCGCCAAGCCCUGUUGUGAAAGUGUCUCCUGAGGCUGCCCCAAGAAUGUGUUGGUGAGCGGUUUCCUUUCUUACGGCAGCAUAGGCUUCUUUGGCUGAGGGCAAGGGAUCCCAUCGCAAGAUUUCUCUUUUGAUGGGAUCGUAUUUGCGAUCAAGGGCAUUUAGAAAUUGGAACAAUUUCUGUUCGGCUCUAAUUUUGUUGUAAGCCGUGAUGUCAAUUGCACAUUUCAUGGGGUUUGGGUCUCUUCUUUCUAUCUCUCCCCAGAUCCCCUGCAUCGUGAUCCACAAAUCUUCAAGAGACAUACCAGUUUGCUUGAUUUCAUUUGCCUUGACAUGUAGGUCAAAUGUUUGAAGUUUGUCCUUGCCAUUGUAUAAGUAAUAACCAGGGCAUCCCAAAGUGAUUUUGCAAUGGGAAACUCGGUCAAAUUGCUAGCAAGGGCAGAUUCUAUGUUUUGUAUAAGCCACGAGAAGACAACCAGGUCAUCUUGCUCCCAUUGCUCGUUCUUCUCAUCUGUUGUUUCUGGGGGAUUUGUGGAUAAAUGGCUUAGCAGGACUUUUGACUUUCCUCCUAUUACCACUUUGAUCAUUCGAGCCCAUAAAGCAUAAUUUUGACGGUUGAGGUUGAGGCUAAUUUUGAGACUAUCAGACAGAUUUUGUUUUGGGUUUUGGGGCUGGGAAUUGAGACCAUUUUUGAUGAGAUUGGCGAUUUGGAUGGUUAACUCUUCGUCACUGGGCAUGGUAGCUUGGUAAGAAAGAGUUUGUGGGUGAUUGGUAGAUGAUGAGCAGAACUGUGUUGUUUGAUCCUAGAACCAUUCAACACUGCUCUGAUACCAUGUUAACAUUGAUAAUCAGAGGGUUGUGUCUUGUAUUGAUUUUUCUGUCUUUUACAAUGAAAAGAAAGGCCUUUAUUAAUAGGCACUACAACAGAGAAAUAAAAGGAAAUACAGGGCUGUCGAGGAGCUGUAAAUGAGCAGAAUAGAUCGUUGAUUGAUCACUGAAUUCUGGGAAAGGAUGCUGACCAUUGGCUGAUCCCAUGAAUUCCUCAAUCAUAAUAUUUUCCUUUUUUAACAGAUACCACUAUAUAAUUGAGAGCUAUAUCUCCAAGAUUAUAUAUAAUUAUAUAUGCUACCACUUUGGUAUUUUCUUGUAAUGGGACUUUCUCCAACCAGCAGUGAGAAGGCGUAGCUUAUUUAUAAUUGUGAACUUGACACUGCACAUGAUAUGAAGGCAGACUUAUAUGAUAUUGUUUCCAAUUGUGGAUAAGCAUGCCAUAUGUCGGAUCCAAGACUGGGAAGGAACCUCUACUUAUUAUGAAUGCAAUGAACAAAACUCAGACUUCGAAGUCUCAGGAGAAGAAAAAAGGAGUAAAAUAGGAACAUUGAAGAAGGCAGCAAAGAAUGCAUCAAGUAAAAUUCAGCACUCUCUUAGGAAGAGAAGUAGGAAGAAAAACAAUAACCAAGUUUCCAUUCCAAUUGAAGAUGUACGAGAUCCUGAAGAGGUAAAUGCAGUAGCCAGUUUUCGGCGAAUGCUGGUAGCAGAUGAGUUGCUUCCUGCAAAACUUGAUGAUUAUUUUACACUGCUGAGAUUCUUAAAAGCCAGGAAUUUUGAUAUUGAAAAAUCAAAACAUAUGUGGGUUAGCAUGCUUCAGUGGAGGAAAGCCUUUGGUACCGACAGUAUUUUUGAGGAUUUUGACUUCAAAGAGUUGAAUGAAGUUCUGCAGCACUAUCCUCAAGGCUAUCAUGGUGUAGAUAAGGAGGGAAGGCCUAUAUAUAUAGAAUUAUUGGGACAAGCUGAUCCGGACAAGGUUAUGCUAGUAACAACAUUGGAGAGGUAUGUGAAGUAUCAUGUGCAGGGGUUCGAGAGAACUACUGCUAUCAGGUUUCCAGCUUGCUCUGUUGCUGCAAAGAGGCGUAUCACUGCCGGUACAACAAUUUUAGAUGUUCAAGGCAUGGGUUUGAAGAACUUAACUAGGUCUGCUAUAGAUGUUAUCAAGAAGUUGCAGCAAAUUGAUAAUGACUACUACCCUGAGACCCUUGGCCGUAUGUAUAUCAUAAAUGCUGGUCCUGGCUUUAAAAUGCUUUGGAAAGCAAUCCAAAGCUUUCUUGAUCCCAAAACCAGAUCCAAAAUUCAUGUUCUUGGCCAUAGAUAUAAAAGCACCUUGCUUGAAGUAAUUGAUUCAAGUGAGUUGCCAGAAUUUCUGGGUGGAAGCUGUAACUGUGCAGAGCAAGGGGGUUGUCUGCAAUCUGAUAAAGGGCCAUGGCAAGACCACAAUAUACUUCAGAUGGUUUCUAGUGGCAAAACAAAAUGUUCAGUCCAAGAAAUUUCAACAUUAAGUAGGGAGGGGAUAACGAACGAUGAAGACCGUUCCACAGUGCUGAAGAGCAGUGAAGCAUCUGCUGCAGAAUCGGCUUCUGAAAUUGAAGAGAUCGCUCCUAAAGGUACAAAGUGUAUUACAGAUCCAAGAUUGGCUCCUGUUUCUGAAGAAUAUGAAAAGGAUAUUCCAGUCGAUAGAGUUGUGGAUGAAAGAUUAAAGCAAGAAACUCCACUUCAAGAGUCCGACAUAAUGGGAGGUGCACAAAUCGCUACUGGCAGAACUCGUGCUCAUAUCUGGAUCUCUUUGAUGUCCUUCUUAUCCCUUCUUACAUUCAUUGGAACAGUUGGAUACCAGAUUACCAAUAAACUCGGGGUUUCAGUAUCUAAUUUAGCAAAAAAAACCAUUCUUCUGAUGAGUAAACCAACUCUUGAGGCACAAAGUCCUCUGGUGUCUCCUCCAUUGGAGACAGAUCUAUCAUCUGCUAUGGAAAAACUGGGUGAGCUUGAAGCCAAGGUCAACAGUUUGCAGUCAAGAUCGGUGGAGCUGCCUAACGACAAGGAGGAACUGCUCAAUGCUGCAGUUUGUCGUGUAGACGCUUUAGAAGCAGAGCUAAUUGCUACAAAAAAGGCCUUACAUGAAGCUCUAAUGAAACAAGAUGAGCUUCUUGCAUUCGUGGACGGACAAAAGAUGGUAAAAUCCUGGCAGGGAAAGAGACUUUGCUGUUAACGCAAGACCGGAGUACGUCGUCUUUUCGAGUUUCACGUAACCAACGAGAAAUCAUUGUAGCAUAUCAUCAUGUUGAGCGGUUUAGGGUCAUCCUUCAAACCGUGCACACCACUGGUGGCCCUCCGCUCUCUACUGGUCUCCUGUGUAGACAUCCGUUAGCAAAGAUGUACCUAUAGCUCCAAAUCUAUGGUUAAUGGUUUCCCUUUAGAUAUGUGAAGGUAUAAAAUCAUGACAAACAAUUUUUGAGUCGAUUAUAUUACUUUCUGUAAAGCAAUUUUAUAUGUUCGUCUUUAGUGUCAUUCGAGCUUGUUUAUGAACACUCGAAACACAUCGGAUUUGAAUGAUUCUUGAUUCUAUAGACUCUUCAACAAGGCUAAUUUAACUACAACCAGUAAGAACACUAAACAAAGCUUUUGUAGCCAUAAAGGUUCACCUACGAUACGAUUAGUCCAGGUAUUCGUGAUCGCCCGAAGCCAUGUACAAACUUCUAUUCCUUG